UAUGUAUAGAGGAGGUAUAGAGGACUUUAGCUAUCUCUUAAUUGCAAUCUAUCUCUCUCAAUUCCCCAUUUUCUCUUUCUCUGUUCCCUCUACUAACAAAUUAGGUAUUUCAAAAUUCUCCCCCUCAUUCUAUCCCUCCCAUCACCCUCCACAAUCAAUUUUAGAGAGAAUCAUUCUUAAAUGCCCCCCCUCCAUUCUAUCCCUCCCAUCCUCCUCCUCAAUCAAUUUUAGAGAGAAUCGUCUUAAAUUUUAUCAAUUUUUCCAAUAA